GUGUGUGUGUGUGUGUGUGUGUGUGUGUGUGUGUGUGUAAACACGGACCACCUUAAAUCGCUCCUCGCUUGCACCACGUGACCGUAUUCCUGGAAAGUUCCUGGAAACGCUUCUUUUUGUUCCUGGUUCUCUCGGUGAUUCGGCGGCUUGGCACACACGCUGUAUCCGGAGCUCGGAGCCUGAAGGACGGACACGAUGUUCGCCGUGUCACGGUGUUGUCUGUCUGCGUCUGAACGGGAGUAAAUCCGGGUUUAGUUGUCGUGUAGUCGCUGUGCUUCUGACGGGUUUAUCGGACGGUGGAGGGAUCGGUUUCCCCGGCAUCUAGACCUCCGGACCGAGCUGCUGUUUGUGUGUUAACCUCGGGAGAAUUAGACGGACCAUAAGAACUUAUGACCUGGCCGACCGACCGACCAACCGGGUCGGCGGAUUUAACCGGAUAAAACGGCCGACAUGUCGCGUUGAAGCUGUCGGAGGAGAAACUGAAACCCCUGCUUCUGAGCCAACGGAGGUACGUUAGCUUGAUUUUAAUCCUUUUUAACAAAUCAGUGAAACCAGGUGUGUUAUUAUUACACGGUAAACAGACAGGUGAGGAGGUGAUGAACCAUACAGGGAAUCACCGGAGCUGCUGCUACUGAUCUCCCAACAGAGAUUUCUCAACCAAACCCCGUUCAUUAUUUCGACAAAUUUGAGUCACCUUACUUUGCGGUGGAAAAUCACACCUAAACAACAACAAAAAUAUACAUUCAUAUUUCUUUUACUACUGUUUUUAUUUCGGCAUUAUUUAGAAUAAUAAUUUUAGAGUAUUUAGUUUGAAAAUGUCUAAUAAAAGGUGAAUACAUUUCCAGCCUAGAAAUGGAAGGCGAAUAUCCCUUCGUCAAAUUUAAUUUAAAAUGUUGACGAUUUAAAAAUACUGAGCUGUUCGCUGACGGGGAAACCGACUAGAACAACAACAAUAAUAAUAAUAAAAACAUCUCCACGGUCUCCUCUUAAAUCCGGCUGUUAGACAUAAUAUUCAAUAAAGAGAUAUUUUAGGACAGCAGAAUAAAUAACCAGUUCCAUGUGCCAAAUCCCUUUCUUAAUUUUGACAAUUUUACACCACCUCAGUCUGCAGCUUUUUUCUAUCUUAAACAUUUAUUAUUUCUCACAGUUCGUUCUUUAUUACAGCCGAAAACAGCAACAUGUGCAGCAACAGUGAAGGUCAACUGUACUAACAUUCAUGAAACAAAGUACAAAAACAUUUAACACAACCCAAAGUUCAGGGCCACAGAGGAUUUAUCCUGUUACCUUUAUGAAGAGAAUUAAAAUACUUCAAAAAUACAUUUUAAAAAUUGAAUAUAUGCCCAAGUCUAUUUAGAAAGCUGAAUAAUUCUCAUCUCUGCUCUCUGUUUACAUUAGACUUAAAGGUAAAGAAACAAGUUAAUUUAAGUCCCUUAAGGACAACUUUAAGAUUGGAUUUAUUCUAGGAUAAAGUUUGUAACAGCUUCUCAGUUGAGUUAAAAAUUUAGAGCUGAUUGCUGAUCAGAACUUUUAGUUUUACUCUGGUUAACUUAUAAUAAAUAUGUUAAAAUGCUCCUCCCAGCUUCCUUUAAAUUAUUCACACCUGAUUUAACUCCUUAGUGUGUUUUACUCUAAACCAGAUCAACCCUGCAGAUUUACUCCAGAGGAAACUUUCACAGUUUCACGCUGGAGAACAAAUGAUUACAGUGACAUCUCCUGCUUUAAUAGGUCAAAUUCAGCUUUUCCAUACUUAUUGAGAUUCAUUACGCUUGUCACAGUGAGGAGCUGCUUAGUCACUUAUCUUUGUUUUCUUGGAAGGUCUUUGAGAAAAAUGCUGUGUCACACCAAACUCUGUUCAAAUUUCAACUAAUUUAAGGUUUCUAUGCUAAUCAGCUGAUGUGCAGCCAGCUUAGAGUAGAAGCAGACGCACAAAAGCAUUGCACUGUUCACCCCUUUAAUCCUACAGACAGAAGGAUGAAGGAAACAUGCAGUGAAGUCAGACAUAAGCUGUGCUGAAAGAAACAUAAUUAAGACAAAGAAACACACCUUUGAGUCAGAAACAUGCCACUCAGUCAGAAACAGCCCACAGCCCUGUCAGGAACCUGAUGCACAGUCAGAAUCAUUCAGCGCGGUCAGAAUCUUGACAUGCAUAAAGACAAACACAGCAUGCAGUUCCUCGGGUUAAAUUUUAGUUGUUGUGUAAUGACCUCUUGAUGCAAAGUCACAAAAUGAAUCUCUGUUUGGUCUUCUUAGAGGACAGAGAUGUUCAGUUUGAGAAAACCAGCAGAGUAAAAGUUCAGUAUUUGAAUCACCAGUUCUAAACAAUUUCGUUUCGUUUAAAAUUAAUUUGCUCAUCUUUACUUGAACUCUUCUCCAGUUUCUGAGCGAGUCUGAAUGGAACCUCUAUGACGUCUUCUUAUGUAAUUUCUCAGCCACAUGUUUCAAGACUUAGAUGUUCUUUCUGGUUGUUUUCUGACCCACAAAUCAGAAAAGGUUAUUCACGCCCUCAGUUCUUGCCUUGAAUAUGAUAUUUCAAGAUCUUGAUAAGUUUUUGAAGUGGUGCUUCCACAGAAUUUUACUUUACGUAGAACUUAAAAUGAGACUCUUGAACAAAACACCUAAGCACUCUAAGCUUUCAGGUAAAAUCCUCUUGCAAUCAGUAAACAAAUCUAUUAAGUACAUAUUUAUUUUAGCUGUGAAUUUUCCCAUGACACUCUUUGGGGAUUGACUCACUGCAGGACACAGCCUCUAGUGGACACUCAAAGAACUGCCGUUUGUGGGGCAUUAGCCUCAUUUCUCAAUAUCAAAGGUUGUAGCUGGAGUUGCAGGAUGAACAGUGGUUGUUUGAGGCGGUCGGUUCUGAGGGGGUUGGUCUGACCUCUCUGAUGGAUUUUAUUUGUUUCAAGGACCCAUCCCAUGUCUGAUCUGUGGGCCUAAUGCUUAGGCUGAAGGCUGGACCUGUCCAAUGACCUGCCAGUCCUCAGAGUCUUCAGAGAGUAUCGAGAGUGACCGACGAGCCGACAACAACUCCAGGAGUGUGGAAUCAGACGAGAGCCGCAUCGCUUUAGCCAUGAAGGACCUGAGGAACACAGGUACGUGAAAAGCGUGAAUGUUUGGGUUAAACAAACUCGGGGGUUAAGUCGUCCUUCCACCUUAUUGAGCUUAAUAAACUAUUCAAGCCCCCCUCUAAGAUUAGCUGGAAAAUGCAGGUUCAUUAUGUGCCAGAAAAGCAGCUGGAUCAGGUCCCAGACUCUCCAGGACACUCCGGGACUCUGGUCCACUUUCUGCCCUACAGACCUACAGACUUGCAUACCUCAGACUUAAGUCUCUGCACCGUACUAGUUAUAAAAAUCACUUUUUUUUUUUUUUAUGACAAAAAUGAGCUCUGGUAGAAAUUUGGUGUCACAUCUGUUUUCCUUUUUACCCUAAACUGCAACCAAACAAACUCUCCAAAUAAGGGAAUUAGAAAGAGCAUGGAGAUGAUAGUUUAGAGCAGCAUCCAGAAUGGGUUGUUAAUCCCUCUCUACUCUGACACCAGACUCCACUUACAAAUACAGGAAUUUAACCUCACAGGACACAGGAGUCCUCGGUCCACUGCCGACUCCAUCUGUCAGUUUAUCCAGUAAAACUCUGUGUAACACAAAUACUGGGUUGGAUUAAAAUAAGCCAUAUAAAACACCAGAGUCCCAGAAUUUCACAGACAAACUGACCAAUCCUCUGGUCUGAGAGGUAAAAUCUCAGUUUUAUUCUGAAUGUAUCCUGCUGUUUCUGUACAGAGUGAUGUGUCAGCUGUUACUGUUUGAUAGAAUCCUCUUCCUCUGUGACAUUAAGCUCUCUCCCUGCAGGGAUCUUUUCUGUAACACCGUCAGAUUCUGAGAAUAACAACCUGAGCCUGAAUCAAAACUGAAGAGAACAUACUUUGGCCCAAUUUUUGAAACCAGAGCCAGAAAAAGUGGCAAAAGGUCAACUCUGCUGCAAUGAUUUAUGAAUUAAUUCAAUUAUUUUAGAAUAUCUAAUUAUUUUAAAAGGUUCAGUUCCUCAUGUUUUUGAACGUAACAUAAUAACUGAAGGAGAGCUGCAGAGUUCACUCAAAGAUUUAACUGAGUUAGUCUUUCUUUAAAGUUCCUGAGAGAACUUUUUUAUCUGGUUAAAAGCAAUCCAGAAGCAUGAAAUCCAAAACCCAGCAUUUGAAACCCCAGUCUUAUAGAAUCCAGCUCUCUAGAACCAAGACAUCCAAAAAUCCGUAAUUCUAGAACCCUGCAAUCCAGAGCCAGGGAAAUCCAAACUCCAGCAUUCCAGAACAUAGCGUUCUAGAAUCCAAAGCUCAAGAGCCUAGCAUUCUAGAACUUUGGAUUCCAGAACACAGUCAUCCAGAAGCCAGCUCUACAGAACUAUAGGUGCGUUCGAGUCGCCUCGGAAGUCAGAAGUCUGAGCUGAAAAUGACGUGACACCCGAGUUACCGGCGUUUCAGUUACCAAGUCGGAAAAAAGCAAAAUCAGAGGCGGAAACAAGAUGAAAGUUAUUUUAGCACUUGCCUUGUCCAAAUACAGGGUAAGUGCUAAAAUAACCUUCGUAGAUUUAGCCGUCUUGUUUCAGGCCUCUGAUUUCGCUUUUUUCCGACUUGGUAACUGAAAUGCUGGGAACUCGGGUGUGACAUCAUUUUUAGCUCGGACUUCCGAAGUAACUCGAACGCAGCGUAAGACAUCCAAAACUGAGAAAUCCAGAAGCAAAAAUUCCAGUUUGGUUCUCAGAUGCUGUAUUCCACUGAAAGCUCAUUCUCGAAAUGUCGGGUUCUAGAAUGCUCUGUGUUCCAAUGCUGAGUUUUAGAAUGCUGGGUGUUCCAUUGUUGAGUUCUAGAAUGCUGGGUGUUCCAUUGUUGAGUUCUAGAAUGCUGGGUGUUCCAAUGUCGGGUUCUAGAAUGCUGGGCUCUUGGGGUGUUUGAAGUUUCUUAAAGAGACAGUGACUUAAAUGAGGCGUUUCAGUCAGAGGUUGAAACAAAAGUUUUCAAAGACUCCAAUCCCAGUUAAGGAAAGAGUUUUUGAUUUAAAAUCUCGGAGAGAGACUACAGAUCUGGCAGAAGGAGGCGAGACUGACUGAAAAUCAAAAAUACUUUCACCUUAAAUAAGGUCAACUGGAUCUUGUGCUCAGUAUCUUUAGGGCUUUUGAGGUUUUUCCUUCUUGGUCUUAUUUCCUAAUCCUGUUUUUGUGGGUGCCAUGGUUUGGGCUUUGUUCAUUUUUUCUGGUUUCAAAGAGACUGAUGGUGCCAACAAAGAACUGAUGGAGGUCUUAGUUUGAAGCUGUGUGAGCCGUUCUUGCUGACUUUGAGAUUCUCACAUUUUCUGUCUUCUCUCUGGACUCUCAGGCUGGUACUGGGGCAGUCUGACUGCUAAUGAGGCAAAAGAGAUCUUGCAGGACUCGUCCGAGGGGACCUUUCUGGUGCGGGACAGCUCUCAGAGGGAUUACCUCUUCACCAUCUCGGCCAUGACUUCAGCAGGUCCCACCAACCUGCGGAUUGAGUACAAACACGGGAAGUUCAAGCUGGACUCAGUGGUUCUGGUGAAGCCCAAGCUGAAGCAGUUUGACAGCGUGGUCCACCUGGUGGAGCACUACGUCCACCUGUCCCGUACCAGCGACAGAACGGGACCAUCGAACUCUCAGUCUGCUACAGCGCCAAAUGGCACGGUGCAGCUGCUUCUCACCAAACCCGUGUACACGGCCACGCCCCCCUUGCAGCACUUGUGCCGCAUCGCCAUCAACAGGAGGACUCAGCGGGUCCAGGAUCUGCCUCUGCCCAACAGACUCAAGGACUAUCUGAUGGACUACAGCUACCAUGUGUAGACAAGGAGCAGGACUCACUGUGUGCCGUCCCAGCAUGCAUUGCUCCUAUUGUCUGGUCUGUGAGGAGUCACACUACGUCUCUGCUGCAGAAAUCAACCAGAUAUCUGACUGUAGGGAGGACUAGUACUGGACCUGUAAGUCCUGGUUUGAGGUUCUCUGACAGACCACAAACUGAUCUGAAUGCUGCCUUCAUCCACCGCAAAACAAACCAGAGACGCCGAUUCUGUCUUUAAUCAUUAAAACAGACAAAAAUACGAGUCCACCAAUCAUAAACAAGGGGCGCUGAGGGUCCUGGUCGGAAUAUUUCAGUAAUCCCAGGUCCUGGUCUAUGAAGAGUUUGGGCUUUUUUUACUGAAGUUUCAGCCUGAGAGAAAGCCCUGAUGAAGAAAAUUAAACAUGGAGACUUUCAUGUGAUUUCAGAAAUUUAUAUUUUAUGACUGUCCCAGAAGCCCUAAAUUAUUAGCAGUCGUCCCCUAGAGGCCAAACUUCUCCAGGUUUUAGUUUGGACCAUAGACUGUUUAUACUAUGGACAACUUUGUUCCGCCUUCCGCCAGUAUACAGAUUUGAAGCCAAAAAGCUCUCGGUAAUUCCAUGUUUUCUCUCCAUUUCCUGAAACCAACAUUGCGCAGUAGCAUUGUACGCAUUCGGCGGGAGAGUCGCCGAGAUGACGCUUGGCUCAAACAGCGUAUCCCCCCGAGUGAGCUACGCAAUCCUUGUACGCCCAAAGGCUGUAUCAAGUGUCAAUCAUAGAAAACAUUAACCCCCAAAUAACUUUUAAAAAUGGAGUUUCACAGAAAAAAAAGGGACUUGAGUACAGACCAGUCUUAAAAUAGCUACAUGUCAACAUCGCAAGCAAGGGGGAAAAAAUUAUGUGCUGCGUAAUAAAUUUCUAAAGUUUGUCCACAGCUCCAUAAACUUUGCUGGCGGAGGCGGGAUUUAUGAUCUAUACUGCAGCCCGUCAUAAGAGGGUGCUGUUCUCGGAGUGGCUUCACCCAGCGAGGAGGCUGACACUGUCCAUUCUAUAUACAGUCUAUGGUUUGGACCCCUGAGACCUGUGAAACACGUGGACUCUCAGCGUCCCUCAUUUCUCUGACUUCGUCUCUGUUAGAGCUCAGCUGAUCUUUUCUGGAUUUUUAACCCUUUACAGCCUCAAAACGUCAGUUUCUUCAGGAAAUAUUCAGCAUGUUUGAGACAGAAGCUGAAGAAGUUUAUUUCAAAGAGGUGAUGACACACGAGAUGAUUUUCUAUAAACAUUCAGGAGGAUGAUUAUCGCUGUUUUAUUACUCUGAGUAAUUUAUUGUUUGAGAUGUUUGUGUUGAUGUUUCCAUCAGAAGUUACCUGAUAAAUAUUUCUGACUUCAAACAAGCAGUUUCUUAACUUCACUGUUUUUUAAAUGAGGUUCUUUUUUCACACAGCUGAAACUAAAUAUUUAUACAUGAAAUUAAACUUCCUGAAAUCACAGUUUGUCAUGAGAACAUCACUGCACAGAGAAUUUUUAAAAACAGUUUUAUAAAAACAGUUACUACCUUUAUUCCACAGGAGUACAAAGUAUCACUGAAAUCUAAUUUGGAUGGUUUGCAAAUCAUUUAAAUCCUGUAUUUGAGGAAAAUGGCCCCUCUUCUUUUAGGAAUGGAGGGUCUAGCAUCCAUGAUUUCCAAAAAGAGUGUCAGGUUUUGAUUCAUCAGACCACAGGACAGUUUUCCUCUUCCCCUCAGUCCACCUUCAUCGGGCUCAGGUCCAGAGCAGUCUCUGGUUUUUCUGGAUCAUAUUGUUUCCUCUCUGCAUGGUUCAGUUUUAAUCUGCAGCUGUGGAUGUUCACAGACAAUGAUUUUUAGAAGUGAGUUUGAGCCCAUGUGGUAAUUUCCACUACAGAGUCCUGUCUGUUUAUAACCCAUUGCUGCCUGGAGGCCUGAAGAUCAGGACCAUCCAGUCUGGGUUUUGGUCCUUGUAGCUUUUGUACAGAGAUUUUUCCAGAUUCUCUGAAUCUUUUAAUGAUAUCAUGUACUAUAGAUGUUGAAAUCCACUAAUUCUUUGACACUCAGGAACAUUAUUCUGAAAUUGUUGAAUUAUUAGCUCACGCAGUCGCUCACAGAUUGAUGAACCUCUUUCCCAUCUCAGAGACUCAGCCACAACUUUCUGAAAACAUGUUGCAGCCAUUAAAUUUGAAAUGAGCAGAUAUUUUUGAUUCGUUGGAUAAAAUUGCUUUUGAAACCAUUAAAAUUCAAUUUUAUCAGAAUAUCUGUUUAUUCUCAAGGUUUUAACUCUUUUGGAGGUGUGGCUGUAUUAUCAGGUAGUCUGAAAAUUAUCUAGUUAGUUGAUUUGUUCUUUUUUAAUUCAUCAACAGUUUGUCCAAAAUCACAAAGCCUGUUACUCUUGAUAUAAGUUCCCCAUUUUUAAAGACAGUUUGUUUGUCUUUUAAAUGUAUUUAGCUGAUAAAGACUUUUAACUGAAGUGGAAUUCAAUUUAUUUCCUUCAGGUGACAGACACUAUAAUAUUCUUGCCCUUAAACCCCUUUUUUAAAAAACAGAAAUAUUACAGAAUAGAUGUGUCGAAGGUUAAUUAUCUCUAAGAAACAUCUCGAUAUUUAUUUAUUUAUUUAUUAUUUAUUUAAUUUUGUCCAAAAGUCCAAAAACACAUUUUAUUUGGCCUUCAUUUUAUGGAAGAAAAAACUGCAAAUGUUCUGGUUUUAGGUUCCUUUUAAAGUAAACAUGUUGAUGAAUUUUCAUUGAUUGAAUAAUGAAGAUCAAUAAAGUUUCAGCUCUCAAGUUUUC